GCCCGGCCCCAUGCCCCUGCUGCACCUCAGAGCUCGCGAAUGUGUACACCCUUUAAAGCCCCACCAUUUCCCACGCGCUGGCCAUUUCAGUACCCGCCAGAGCUGCUGGGCCCGAGCCUAGUGAAUGAUGCCAUCUCAGGCCUAGAUCUGAAUGUCGUUAUUGUAUGUUAAGCGCGCUGAGAUUUUUUACUGCAUGAUUUGUCUCCACAACUGCACAACUCACAAACACUUGAGAUCUCUUCUUCUAUGUCGUACCACAAAAAUCAACUUCCGCAUCGUACAUUCUGUUUUCGAAACGUCGUUGACACGUUAAGUAUUUCUGGUGACAGAAUAGUAGCCGCCCAAGUACUAUUGCUUCUAGUAUCAUUAAAGCCACAAUCAUUUAGUCAAAUAUUUAUCAACCUCUGACCUCACUAUCAUGACCACUAGUACUGUUCCAUCUGCAAGUCAGUGGGGAUCCCCUACUGCAAACAAAAGAGCACUCCUUAUACAUGGUUUAAAUUCGUCUUCGCACACUUUCCACCGUGUUGCAUCGGCGCUUGCAGCCAAAGGAUACUUGGUAGUUGCUCCGAAUCUUCUUGGUCAUGCUCUCAGGAACACUGGAGUUGACUUCAAAGUCCAGACACUGGCAGAUGACCUCUUACCGUACCUUCAAGCUGCCGAGUAUGAUAUCGUCAUCGGCCACUCAGUGGGUGCACUCGUGGUACUAUCGCUUCUCAAGUACCUGCCAAAAACUAAACCUACUUCGGUGGUUCUUAUCGACCCAUCUCUGGAAAUAACUGCAGAGCAGAUGGUGAAUGGGAGAAUCAGGUUUUCCAAUGAUGUCAGAACCAACCCCACUGCAGAAGAUUAUAUAGCAUUGAAUCCUCUAUGGACGAGAGAAGAUGCUAUCUGGAGAGUGUUAGGGACCCAGAUUGGAAGAUCAACCAACUCCGAUGAUCACAUCGAUGUCAGUGUUUGCGAGUGGUGUUCUACCAGAAUAAAGGGUGCUGAUGUUUGAAUCGGUCCAGGGUAACGUGCCGUGGUCAUUUUCGCAUCUGAUCGCCGACAAGCCCGCUGCUGCCGCAUUGACGAUUCUGGUUGGCGAACCUUCCAAGCUUGAGUCCAUCGCAAAAU